AGGGACUCCCAAGACAGUGGCACAAGCUCAAUGGGAUGCAGUGAAAGUCUCCAGGUUCUGUUGUUAACCCCUAAAGGUCUGACUCCCACCUCUCCAUGGAAAUAGCCCCUGGGCGACAUAGCUCCUCCAGGAGUGUGAGAUGCUGAAUACAGCUGUCUGAUACACGGCAUGCAGAACCAAGGACUGGCACAGAAUGAGUUUAAAAAAUGACGCCAGCCAUGACAAGGCGUCUUACAAUCUGUACAUUUAUUCCCAACUCUCUCAGGAAGACUCCAACUGCUGCACUGUUUUGGCCACAAAGGAAUCGUCUGCCUCCGACGUCAUCCAAAAUGCAGUUGCUUCUCUGUGCCUGGACUCUUCGAAAACCUAUGUUCUGACUGAAGUAAAGGAGUCUGGAGGAGAGGAGUGGGUACUAGAUGCCAAUGACUCUCCAGUACAGAGGGUGCGUCUGUGGCCACGAAAAGCUCAAGAGAGGCAUUUGCAGACAGAAGGAUACUACUUCCUGCUACAAGAGAAGAAUCAGGAUGGGACCAUUAAAUAUGUACACCUCCCUCAUGUGUCUGAAGAGGAACCGGCUAGGAGGCUUGUGGAGAGGGGAUUUCUUCCCCGUCCCCAGGAGGACUACAAUGAUCUAUGUAACUUGCCCAAUCUUACAGAGUCAACCAUUUUAGGAAACUUGAAAGUUCGUUUUCUAAAACAGAAAAUCUACACCUAUGCCGGAAGUAUUUUAAUAGCUAUAAAUCCUUUCAAAUUCUUACCUAUCUAUAACCCAAAGUAUGUCAAAAUGUACGACAACCACAAUCUGGGUAAAUUGGAGCCCCACAUUUUUGCUAUUGCGGAUGUAUCUUAUCAUACAAUGUUAAAGAAGAGAGUUAACCAAUGCAUAGUGAUCUCUGGAGAGAGUGGAUCUGGAAAGACGCAAAGUACCAAUUUCCUAAUACACUGUCUGACUGCGCUGAGUCAGAAAGGCUAUGCAAGUGGAGUGGAGAGAACCAUACUGGGGGCUGGACCUGUGCUAGAGGCCUUUGGAAAUGCCAAAACUGCUCACAAUAAUAAUUCCAGCCGGUUUGGAAAAUUCAUCCAGGUCAAUUAUUUGGAGAGUGGAAUCGUACGGGGGGCUGUGGUGGAAAAAUACCUCCUUGAAAAAUCCCGGCUAGUUUCUCAGGAAAAGAAUGAAAGGAAUUACCAUGUCUUUUACUAUAUGCUUCUUGGGGCCUCUGAAGAGGAGAGGAAAGCUUUUCAGCUCAAGCAGCCUGAAGACUAUUUUUACCUCAAUCAGAAUAAUUUCAAGAUUGAUGAUGGAGAAGAUCUUCGACAUGACUUUGAAAGGUUAAAGCAAGCCAUGGAAAUGGUUGGAUUCCUCCCAGCCACAAAGAAACAGAUAUUUUCAGUUUUAUCAGCUAUCCUCUAUUUGGGCAAUGUUACUUACAAGAAAAAGGCUUCUGGAAGGGAUGAAGGUCUUGAUGUUGGCCCCCCUGAGGUCCUGGACACCUUGUCACAGCUGCUUCAGGUUAAAAGAGAGAUGUUGGUGGAAGCACUAACCAAAAGGAAGACUGUUACUGUAAAUGAAAAGCUGAUAUUGCCAUAUAGCAUCAAUGAGGCUGUAACUGCUCGUGACUCUAUGGCAAAAUCUCUCUACAGCGCACUUUUUGACUGGAUAGUUCUUAGAAUCAACCAUGCACUGCUCAAUAAGAAGGACGUGGAGGAAUCUGUCAAUUGUCUUUCUAUUGGAGUUCUUGACAUCUUUGGGUUUGAAGACUUUGCAAACAAUAGCUUUGAACAAUUUUGCAUUAAUUAUGCCAAUGAACAGCUUCAGUAUUACUUCAAUCAGCAUAUCUUCAAGCUAGAACAGGAAGAAUAUCAAGGUGAAGGAAUUAGUUGGCACAACAUAGACUACACAGAUAAUGUGGGCUGCAUUCAUUUGAUCAGCAAGAAACCAACUGGCCUUUUCUAUUUACUGGAUGAGGAAAGCAAUUUUCCUCAUGCAACCUCCCAUACUUUGUUGGCCAAGUUCAAACAACAGCAUGAGGAUAAUAAGUACUUUGUUGGCACACCAGUCAUGGAGCCUGCAUUUAUCAUCCGUCACUUUGCAGGCAAAGUAAAGUACCAGAUUAAGGAUUUUCGUGAGAAAAAUACAGACUACAUGAGACCUGAUAUUGUGGCUCUCCUCCGGAGCAGUGACAGUGCAUACAUUCGUGAACUCAUUGGUAUGGACCCGGUGUCUGUCUUCCGAUGGGCUGUGCUGCGGGCAGCAAUUAGAUCAAUGGCUGUACUAAAUGAGGCUGCAAGGCAACGGGCAGAGAAGACAGCAGGUGUAAUUAGGAAAGGCCAGCGAGUUCCUUUGGGGGAACUACAGAAGUCAAAUAUUUCAGCUGAGAAAGUAUACCGCAGCUCUCUCCUCGAUUUCUCCUUUGAUUGCACAAUGGAUUAUGAUAUCAAUGCGUUUGAAGAUUUCAUAAGCGUAUAUGAAAAUAAGAAAGAGCGGCACUCCCAGCUGAUGAACAGUAUUAAGGGACUUUCCUGGCAGGGGGAUGACCCAGCUAACCUGCUGCGCACCCUUUCCCUACGCAGACACUCUCGGCUUCAGUUACAGAAAAGUAAAGGUGCACGCCAGAAGCAGCUCAUUCCAAAGAACCUGCUUGACUCACAGUCUCUGAAAAUAAUAAUGAACAUGACUCUCCAUGAUCGAACUACAAAAUCCCUUCUUCACUUGCAUAAGAAAAAGAAACCACCCAGCAUCAGUGCCCAGUUUCAGGCAUCAUUAAACAAACUCUUAGAAACACUGGGAAAAGCUGAACCAUUCUUCAUCCGGUGUAUCCGCUCUAAUGCUGAGAAGAUGGAGAUGACUUUUGAUGAAGUAUUGGUGCUUCAGCAGUUGCGAUACACAGGAAUGUUGGAAACUGUGCGAAUACGCAGAUCAGGCUAUAGUGCAAAGUACACAUACCAGGAGUUUAAAGACCAAUUUCAGGUUCUUCUUCCUAAGUCAUCAUCAGCCCUAAAAGGGGAGAUCACGUCUUUGAUGGAGGAGAUUGGUCUAGACCCUUAUAACUACCAGCUGGGAAAAACAAAGGUGUUUAUGAAGGGACCAGAAAGGCAAAAGCUGCAAGAUUCCCUUCAUCAGGCUGUCAUCAGGAAGAUUAUUCUGCUGCAAAGUCUUUUCCGUAUGGUUGUGGAUAGAAGAAAUUUUCUAAGAAUGAAAAGUGCAUGCAUCACCAUACAGGCAUACUGGAGGUCAUAUCUUGUGAGGCGGAACUUGGCAAUAAGAAAGAAUGCUGCUAUAUGCAUCCAGGCAGCAUGGAAAAGUCGUGUACAGAGAAAGAUCUUCAUCGGUCAGAUUCAGGCUAUCAGAAUGUUACAAGCACUUUGCAAAGGAUACUUACAAAGGCAAAAGUUUAAUAUCAUGUUGGAAGCAAAGAGGAAGGCUGAUGCAGAGGAGGAGAAAAAAAAACAAGAAGCUAUUGAAAAGGAGAAAGAGGCCCUGGAAAAAGAGAGACAGGCCCUGAUGGAAAAGAUCCAAAAGGAAAAUGAGCAAAAAGAGAGAGAAGAGGAAGUUAAAAAGAAAGCAGGAGUGAGUGAGGCUGGUGGUCCGAAAAAAGGGUCUCAAUCAGUCAUACUUAGUGUACCUCAAGAAUACAAUAAGGAGGAAAAGCAAAGUGAAGCAAUAAAGGAAGAACCAAUUUGGCUUAAGAGAACAAAUGAAGAUGAGAGGGUUCAAAAAGAAAACGACCGGAACAAGACUGAGAGAAUUCAGUUGGAAAAAGAAGAUAAAAAAUUAUCCCAAGCAGAAGAGCGAGGCACAUAUUUAGGGAAAUCUGAUCGUAUAGUGGCAGUCAAUGCUGGUGGUGAAAUGAAGAGCCUUGACCGUACAUCCAGCAGCAGAGAAAGAGAAAACAGGAGGCUUCGAUGCUUGCUCCAUGACAUGCUGCAGAACAAACAUACCUACACCUCAUUGGAGGGGGAUGAGAACUUGGAAGGAGCUAUUUCCAAAGUUGUGCAGCAGGAAAAGACAGAUGAAGGAAAAGAACAAGAUUUUAUUAAAGCCAGUGAAGCAACAACCAUAGAUCAGGAUUCAGAAAAACCUAAAAGGCCAUCAGAUCUUUGUUUGGACCUUCAGCAGCCAUCAGAAAAACAGUCGAAAGAUGCAACACUAGAUGUGGAAACGCCAAGUGUAGGGAUCAUACAGAGGUAUAGUGACCAGGGGAGUCUUAGAAAUAAAGCUGAGAAGUGGAAGGAGAAAAGACAGAAUGAGUCUGGCCAGGUUGAACUUACAGGCACAUCUGAGCAAAAGGAGGUUAAUCAUCAAAAAGAUAGCACAGAAAUGUCAGAAAGAGAAAAGUCACCUUCAGAGGACUCAGCAAUGACACAGUCUCCUCCUGCCCCUCAGACACCUCCUGUCCCUGCUGAGGUACAUAAAGGAUCAAAUAAGCCUAACCUACAGAAGAAGAAGUCUAAUGAGUACAGCACUCAUUCUGAAGUUGUACCACCUCAACCCUCAGACUCUAGGCACAAUUUCAGGGGUCCUCUUUAUAGGCUUUUGGGAAAGAAACCUGAUAAAAAGAACAGCAAAGAGAGUCCUCUCACGCCAGAUGGCACAGAACAACCAUCUUUCCCACCUUCAUCCCAGGAUAAUGUUGCAAUCAAGAGAUCCAUAGAAGGGACAGUCAUUGGAGGACAAGCAAGUCGCCAGUCACCAAUUGAACCAGCCAAUAAACUUCUUAGGAGUCGCUCUAUUAAAAUUGGUAAAGCCACCACAGUGUCUGAGACGUGGAAGUCAUCUUUGUGCCGGGAAAUCACCAAUUCUACUGAGUUAAAACAUCUUGAUGAAUUUUUGUUUACUAAGAUUAAUACACUGCACCAGGAUAAAUCUGCCAUUGAAAGUCUUCUUUACAGAGCCAUGGAAAUGUUUAGAGCAAAUCUCAAAUCUAUGUAUUCUUCUCCCCACAUUCAUGCUGGUUACAAGGAUCUUAUGGAAAACUUUCAGCUUCUUGUGAGUAGCCUAACGAAGGAAAAGAAUGAGAAGGAUGUGAAGCUUGUCCUUAACUUGUUCCAAUCAUUCCUGGAUGAAUUCACACGUGGUUACUCUAAGAGAGAGGACCAUGAUCUGCAGAAACAGAGGAAAUCUCAGAAGAAGAAAAGAAAGAGACAAGACCAAAAUGUGGAAUCACAUGGGCAUGUGUUUGUCAGCUACCAGGUGAACAUUGGCCAGUCUUGUGAACAUUGCUCCUCUGGAAUAUGGCCAAUGGAGAAGGCUUUUCUCUGUAGUAACUGCAAGAUGAUCUGCCACAAGAAGUGUCAAAGCAAGAUUCAGACUCGCUGUAUGCCAGCUGGAGUGAGACGAAACCCAGGAAGCCAUCACUUUGGCGUGCACGUGGCAGACCUAACAAAUGACACUACAUCACUACCAGUUGUCAUGGAAAUCCUCCUGGAGUACUUGGAGAUGCAUGGCCUGUAUACUGAGGGAAUUUAUCGCAAGUCUGGUGCCGCUAAUUGCAUGCGAGAGCUGAAAAUAUCCCUGGAGAAAGACCCUACCUCUGUCAAACUUGAUAAAUAUGCAAUCCAUGCAAUCACUGGGAUUCUAAAACAAUGGUUGCGUGAGCUUCCUGAACCUCUAAUGACAUUUGCACAAUACAGUGAGUUCCUGAAAGCUGUGGAGCUCCCAGGAAAGCAAGAACAGCUUUGUGCGAUUUAUAAAGUUCUUGGACAACUUCCGCAGGCCAACUAUAAUAGUUUGGAAAGACUGAUCUUCCACCUUGUCAAGGUUGCUCUUUUAGAGGAUGUGAAUCGUAUGUCUCCAAACUCUUUGGCUAUAGUCUUUGCCCCCUGCAUACUUCGCUGUCCUGAUAGUUAUGACCCAUUAACAAGCAUGAAGGAGGUCUCCAAAGCCACUGUAUGUGUAGAGAUGUUACUAAAAGAACAACUGAGACAGUAUAAAAUUAAAAUGCAGGAAAUCGGUCUUUUGGAAGCAGCAGAGACUCGUGCAGUGUGCAGACUGUCCCUACUAAGGCAGAGCUCAGCAUGGUCUGGUCAUUUAGGAUUUGUUUCUCCUAUUGAUAAUCUUCUGAGUAAGAGCCCAUCACCCAGUGGCAAUGGUCUACCUGAUCUGGAAGCAGUGCAGGAAGUGCAGUUGGAAGACUGUGCGGCUGCUCAUGAAUCAGAAUUACUUAUAGAGAGGAUAAGAUCUAUUAAGGAUGAAAAGGAAGAUAUUACUUAUCGACUUCCAGAACUUGAACAGCGUGGCUCAGAUGAAGAGAAUAUGGACUCUGAAACCUCAAACAGCACAGAGAGUUUAUUGGACGAUAGACCUGUUCCUGUUGAAAAGGAAGCACCUUGUGUGGUGGAUGUAGCUGCUGUGUCUCAACCAGUGGGGAAAAACAACAAUUUGGUAACCAAGGCCCUUACAUUCACAUUGAAUCCUCCUCCAAGUAUCAAGAGAAGGCCUUCCUCCUUUCUUGCAAAAAUGAGAGGCACGAGACGAAAUCCUGUACUGCCAACUGCCAAUAUAAAGUUACCCCCUGGAAUAUCCAAAGCCACAGAAUGCCCUGAUGAUUCAAAUGGUGUUCGAAGGAGAGAGCAGCCUGGGCGAAGAACUGACAGCAUCCAGUCUGUUUAUGUCCUUGAUGGUUCUGAAUUGGGAGCCUCACAGGGAACUCUAGAUUAUGAACCUACAGCCAAACUAAUACGUCGUUUCUCAGAUCCUCAUCUCCAGAUCCCCUGUCCUGAAGAGUCCAACCUAUGAACCAUGAUAAAAAAAAAAUCUGUCCUCCCUGUCUAUUGCUGAAAGGAACUACUUUGGACUAAUGAGGCAAAAAUAUCAAUGAUAAUUGUAGGGGAAGUGUAUUCAUUUAUAUAUUUAAACAGACUGUUACCCUUCACUUCUGUACAACAUGUAGUGUUGGGGUGUGUGAAUGGAAUGCUGAGUAAAUGGAGUGAGUGUUACCAUUCCUACAGAAGUGUAGGAGUUGAGUUCCAAUCCAGUCAUUCCUGGUUUGUAAUAUCAUAGGACCAAAGGUGUCAUUUUUUUUUUGCCUUGUGCACCUGUUACAGUAAUAUUUUUAAAAUGUAUAUGAAAAAACGUUUUUAAUAUUUUGUUGCAGUUUUUUUUAUAUAUAUAAAUGUAUGUAGUACGAGAAGGGCCAAACUAUAAAGAGAUGCCAGAGGUGUUCAGUUUUAUUUGAAGCGUUUGCCCAGAUUUAUCAGCCAGUCUUAGACAAAAAUGGUUUUGCCCAGAACAACCAAUCACCAAUGGAAACUGAGUUGUGAUUGGUCGUUAUAGGAAAAACCAGACAGUUUUAGUUUUAAGCAGAAUAAAUUUGGGCCUCUGUUCUUCUUUGUAGAGAUGACAGCAUCUUCAGCAAGAUGCAGUAAUAGAAUGUAAGUGUCCGCCUUUAGAGAGAGUGCUGAUCAAAGGUCUAGCACUACAAAAUACAAAGGCCAUGUUAUAUACACAAUGACACAGGAGUAGGAGCAACAGGUGCCUUAUCAGUAUGAUUUGUUUUUAGUUACGUUCUAUUUGCACAUCUACACAUGUACAUACCGCAGGUCAUGCUGCCUAUUUGCCCAUUUACAACUGAAGCACUAAUUGUUUUAGCUGUAGUCAAGUUUACUCCAUCUGACUUGCAGCAUUAGCAUUCCCAUUCUGCUUCUUGAUGUUCCCAAAAUGUUAUAUACUAUAAAUAUUCUAUUGAAUUGACUUAUGUUAACCUUAGACAUAAAGGUUAUAGGGAAGUUAUUGUAUUGUAAGUGCGUUGUUCCAUGUUUAUUAGUAGCUCAAGAAACCAUUAGUAUUCAUGUAUGGAUGAUUAGAGUUGUAACCCAUGGAGCAAAUUUCUGUUUUUCUUCUGACAUUUUACAGAUAUGAUAGUAUUUUUCCAAAUUAAUGAUUUACUGUGACCAUUGUUCAGUCAAGAAUCUUAACAAGAUAGUAUGUUAUUCAAAAAGGCUUUGUACAUCUUUGCAACCAAAACAUUUUGUAUUAUAUUGAAAAAUCAAGCAACUUUCCUUAGGUUUAAAAUAAAAACUUAGAUUUUUUGUUUCAGACUUGUGCCCAGAUCUGUCAAUCUGUUGGAAACAAAAAUGGGAGUUUUUUGCCCAUAGCAACCAAUCACAGUUCAGCUUUCAGGUAAAAUGUAAACUGAACAGUGAUUGGUUGCUAUUGGCAAAACACUCCCAUUUUUGUUUCUAACAGACUGUUACAAUAAUAACACAAUGGCCCAGAUAGUUCAGUCUGUUAGAAACAAAAAUGGGAGUGUUUUGCCCAUAGCAACCAAUCACAGUUCAGCUUUCAGGUAAAAUGUAAACUGAACAGUGAUUGGUUGCUAUUGGCAAAACACUCCCAUUUUUGUUUCUAACAGACUGUUACAAUAAUGACACAAUGGCCCAGAUAGUUCAGACAGCAAACAUACAGUAGUGUCUCAUACUUUUUUCUAUUUGUCCUUUACUUUGGGCUAAUGCAUAUGUGGUAAGUUAGUAGGAAUUAUAGAACAGUAGGAAUAUGAACACAGAAUUUUUGAUAAAACCGUAAACAAAACAAUAGAAAACUUUUAUUUAAGGCCAAUUACAAAGUUGCUUCAUUUUAUCGGCAUAUAAUGCAAAUCGUUAAGGUGGAUGUAGCCUUUAAAUUAUCCGAACCAGAAGCUAGAUGAAUGUUUUGCACCACAAUGGCAUUUUUGUGCUAAGUGGUUUUAGAAAAUGUAAUAUGAAAUAUUCUGAUAACAUUUAAAAAGUUCUUCUCCACUAAUCCAAGCUCUUCUACAUUUUCCGAAAAGAGACAAACAUAAAGGUGAAUGCUUUUGGCUUCAUAGCUGCCCAGCUCUAAAUUCCCUGGCUUGAAUAUAAAGAGCCACUACCCUAUGGAAUAUUUAAAGCCUAAUGAACGUAGAUACAGAUGACAUUGGUUUUGUACUUUCUUCUUCCCACAGUCUAGGUUUCCAUUUGAAAGCAUUUUUAAGCUUAAACAUUGAUGCACUCAACACAUAAAGCAGAGUAACUUUGAGAAUACAUUGCUUGUAAUAAAUUCUGCUCCAGAGGUGCAUUCACAAAUUAGAGCACUGAAUAAUUUGACAGCAUUUGCUGUUCGUUUGUUACUAUUGUAUUGACUUCUUUAUAUUUUAUUUUUCAAAAUGCAUACCUAAGUAGAUAAAUAAAACCUCUUAGGAUAUGUUCACACAGUACAAUUUCUCUAUAGCAGAAGAAUGCCCUGAGCAGUGACAGUGGCAAAAAGUCCAAGGGAAGCCUCAAACUUCUGGCACAUAUAUUAUGUGUUCAAGGGUACAAUUUGGCCCCAUCCAGUAGGGCUUUUCGGAGUACGGUCCUUUCCAAAAAUAAAUAUGUUCCAUAGUUGGCAUUGUAAAACUGUGGGUGCGCACUGAAUGCUUUUUUAGGGCAUUAUGGUACAUGAUGUGUAUUGAGUGAACCUAGCAUUAGAAUGCCUUGCAUCAAAGAUUGUUGAAAGCUUCCAGCAGACUAGUGAAUGCAGCUCUGGACUACAACUCAGGAUCAGUAGAAGUAAUGUAGUGUAUUUACAAAGGUCCUCAACUUUUUAAGCAGGUUAUUUAUACAUAUAUGGUGAAGAUGCACUUUAAAGAAUUCUGUAAGGUGGGGUAUUCAGAUCAAUACUCCAUCAUAAUUGAAUGCAAUAAAAUGCUACACUGCUAUUUUGUUAUUGAUCUAUUAUAAAUAUUUGGUGAUCGCCUCAUUUAAGUCAGCUUUUGUCCACCGUGGUACAUUGCACUCUUAUGACUCUUAAGUGCCUUAUUACCCAUGAAUGUACUGGAAUGUCAGAACUUUUAAGAGCUUAAUUGGGUUGCCCACAAUAUUACCUUUUCAUGCUCCCAGUCACUCCACCCUGCACUUGUCUUAGAAGUAUGCUAUCCGAGAUGAUAGGGGGCAGGUAACCUAGCUCUAUCAUCGCAUGUGGGGAAACUACAACUGCAUGCAACGUCCAGUAGCUCAAUGCCAAUAUCGUGGCUACAUUAUGCGGCACCUUUGGUCUUGGAAUAUAUAGUUUCAAGACUUGCAUAGGGUGGAGGUAGAUUACUUGAGAGCAGAACAGGUAGGAUGAAUCCUGGACAACCCCUUUUGUGUUUUCAUGUAAUAUGCUUAACAUGUUAGUGGUGAGGGGCCACCUUUUAUUUAUCAUUUUCUGCAUUAUCAUCAAAUUCACAGGAAGGUGGCCAUUGUUCUUAUGCCUUGAAUAUAUUUAAUAAGUAUUAAGUACUUUGCCUCAGAUUUGUUUAAAAAUAUUAGCACUAAAACUUUCCAUAUGUGUAAGAUAGCUGUUGGCCAAAAAGUAAUUCAGCCUACUAUUAUCGAUAUAAUCCCACCUAACACAUGCACACUGAGCUCUGUAAAAGCAUGCAUGUGUUCUGAAUGGGGAAAAGGGGGUAAUCCGCUUCUAGGCUCCUCUUGCAGAAUCUUAUCUCCCUAAGAACAAAAUGAUCUAGGACGAUCCUUCCCGCCCCCAACAUAUGUCAUCUGAGAAGGGCUAGAAGACUAUUACACACAGAACAUGCCGAUUUUUGAUUUGGUUUCUGCAUUGAAAUUCCCAACAACAAAAAAACACAUUCCAUUGGUUUUAUUGGAAAUCUGAGCUGUAGUUUAUAAGAUGUAGAUUUAAAUGGGUUUUACCAUCUUGUAAACGUAUUUACUAUCCACAGGAUAGGGCAGGGUUUUCACACUCUCUUUCAGUGAGGGCCACAUCAGCCUUAUGGUUGUCUUCAAAGUGCCAUUUGUAAUUUUUAAGACUAUAUAACUGUAACUACUCCUUAAAUAACCACAUCACCAUAUUACUACACUUUAAAUAACCAUAUCACCAUAUUACACACAAAAGUUGUUCAAUUUGUUCUACCAGAGAUGUUAUGGUAUACCACUGGGUAAGUAAAAGGCCAAGAUGUCCUUUAUGACUAGGUUAGGUGAUAGCCAUGCCCUUCUACCUGUUUAGCACCAAGCUUCCUAUCUGGGAAGGGUGGCUAGGGUUCCUGGCAGAUCUUUGAUAAUGUUGCCACUGCCUGCGAGUUGUUGAACAGAGCAGAGCACAGAAUUCAAGAUGGCACCUACUCCCUGUACUGCCGCAGACUGUUUACUCUGUUCUUCAAAUGUAGAGGACACAUUCAGCCCUUGGAGGGUGCAGGGGUCCACAAUCUCAAGAACAGGGACCUCAGUCUCCCUUUAGAAUGGAGUGGUUAGGUGCACAUUCAUUUGCUCAAUUGGUUCCUUAUGGGAGAUGCUUGAAACAGUAAAAUAAUGUACUCUGCUGUAUCUGCGACUCUCGUAGAGAAUGAAUGGAGUGGUGGUCCGGAUGCACGACCCACAGAUCCAUUCUAAAUGGAGACUAAUAAUGUUUCCCGAGAUGGGGGGAGGGGGCAGUGGUUGGUCCCUCUGUGAUUAGCUAAUUAUCCCCUAUCCUGUGGAUAGAGGAAAAUCUUUACAAGAUGGCUCAACCCAGAUUUCUGAUACAAAACCACACCUAUGGCAUGCUGUAGUGUGAUCUGUAUCCUAAAAGCAAGAAUAGUUUCUUGUCUUGUACUCUUCCAUUUGAGGACCAGCCUUCUCCAGAUGGUAUAAUAAACAACUGGUAUGUACGCAAGAAAGACUAAGUGUCAGGGUGCAUACACGCUACGUAUCUUAAGA